AUGGUUCAAUACAAGCUCACUUAUUUCGCAGGACGUGGACUUGGUGAAGUAAUCCGCCAGUUGUUUGUUGUCGCUGGUAAAGAAUUCGAGGAUGUGCGAAUCGCAUUUGAAGACUGGCCGAAGCUUAAAGCAGAGAUGCCAUUUGGUCAAAUGCCAGUGCUCGAAGUGGACGGAAAGCAGCUGUGUCAAUCACAUGCCAUUCUUCGAUACCUUGCUAGAGAAUUUGGUUAUGCUGGGAAAAGUGCUUGGGAUCAGGCGCAGGUGGACGCCAUUGCCGACCAGUACAAGGAUUUCUUCACGGAAAUUCGACCGUACCUUAGAGCCGUGCUAGGCUUUGAAAAGGGCGAUCCGGAAGCUCUAGGAAAGGACGUGUUUGUGCCGGCUCACCACAAGUUUUUUGGCUACAUGACGAAAAUACUCAAGGAUAACAAAUCUGGAUAUCUCGUCGGGGAUUCACUGACGUGGGCUGAUCUGCUGCUGGCAGAAACUGCAACGAAUGCUCAGAAAUUCCCAAACAUCUACGACGGAUUUCCGGAGGUAAAAGCGCACUCUGAGAAGAUCCGUUCCAUUCCUGAACUAAAAAAGUGGAUCGAAACUCGUCCUGAAACCAUUUUCUGA